GUGUCGCCGGACUCCGAACUUAAUUUUUAGAGCACCGGGCAAAACCCCAUGAACCUGGCCUCGCUCCUGAGCCACGACGACGACGGCCGCCAGUACGACGACGAGUCGGACGACGGCGAGGUCAGGGCCACGACGACGGCGCACCAUGGCGGCCAUGGCGAGGCCAACGACGAAGGCGACACGCCGUCGCCCACGACCACCGCGUCGUCGUCGUCGCCGAUCGACUACUUUCGCCCGAGCGCCGCGCAUACGAUCGACGAGAAGAAGAACCGCCAUCGCCUCAGCAACAUGCGCCACCGCAAGCGCAAGAACAUGGAAAUCGACGGCUUGCGGCGGCGCGCGCGCGACCUCGAGGUCAAGCGCGACCAGCUCCAAGCGGCGUCGACGUCGAUUGCGGCGUCGGAAGGGCCAUGGGAAGAGCUCUGCGAGAUUGAGCGCGGCAAGCUCGCGCUCGCCCGCGAAGAGCAAACCGUGCUCUCACGCUCGGUCGCGCGCCAUGAAGUGAUCAUUCAAAAAUUCUACACCAACAAAUACCCGGGCCAAGGCGACGAUGGCGAGCAGCAGCAGCAGCAGCACGAAGAUGACGAAGAAGAAGAGUAGGGGAGGACCGCGUCUGCUAUUUAUUCUGUAGACGAAAGAUUAAGAGGUUGCCUACAUGUAUGUACUUGCAUGGAUUGGACGACUA